UCUUGGCAGCUGCAGCAACAAUCACAAUCAUCAGAAAGCUAGACGCGCUUCCACCAUCCAGAUUCUUCCCCAAAACCGGCCACCCUUUCCCCCUUCUCAAAGUCGAAAGUCCGCCGGGCACUACCACAACACCUUGCAAUUUCACGUCCUUCCUCCGUCCAGUGCGAUGCAAGAGGCCAGAGAUCCCACCUCCAAGCUCCCCUCCACCUCCCCCUCCGCCCGCCCCAGCGCUCCCCCCUACCAGUACCAGCACCACUACGGCACGUUCUCCCCUCCUCCUCCGCCGCCGCCCGUCGCAGCAGCCGCUGCCUACAGAGCAUCCGUAACCGGGUGCGGUGCUCAGGGCGUUGUUGCUUUCCCGUGCAAUGUCCAGCAGCAGCAGCAGAUCUUCGUGGAGGGCCUCCCAGUCCGGGAACCGCGGCUGCCGUUCUGCGGCGUCGGCAUCGGCUGGACUUUGUUCUUACUGGGGUUCUUCAUAGCUGCAAUUCCCUGGUAUAUUGGUGCUUUUAUUUUAUUCUUUGUUGCUUUGGACCACCGGGAGAAGCCUGGAUUGAUUGCCUGCACAAUUGCUGGCAUUUUUGCACUAGUCCCUUUCGCCCUCAAUGGCAUAAGAAUGCAUCCAUUGUGGUGAUGUGGAAGUCGUCAAUCAUGUAGCUAUUAUUUAAGCACCACAUUCUUCAUGUCUGUUCUGGUGAUCCUGCUGGACGUCAGCAGUCCAAAUCCUCACCACAUUCUGUCACGUGUACAGCUGUAAUAUAUGCUUAUCCAUGUGAAAAACAUAAUCGACGACCUUACGUUUUAAAAAGAAUAUCUCUGCUCCGUAUAUCAUUGGCAGGGGCAAAUAUAUAUGUAAUGUGUUGAAAUUAGUCCUACAGUACAGUUCAUGUUGUGAGAAAAUAUGUUACAAUUGUGGUAGCAUGUUUCGACUACAGUUGACUAUAAUAUGUUACAAUUGUGGUAGCAAGUUUGUGUGCUUUAA